GUGGGUCGAUCGGGUCGCCGGGCGGGCGCCGCCAUGUCGCUGCUACCGUGGGGCCGACGCGGCGGGGCCGCCGCCACGGCCGCCCGGCGGCUGCUGACGGGGCUCCGGGGGCGGGUGUCUGGGAGCCAUGUGUGUAACCAGUACAGAGCAUCAGGUUCUUCGCCAGAAGAAAAAAAAGAGUUUCUGCAAAAUGGGCCAGAAUUACAAGACUUUGUAUCUGGAGAUUUGUCAGACAAGAGCACGUGGGCAGAGUAUAAAGGCAACUUAAAGCGUCAGAAAGGAGAAAGGCUGCGACUUCCUCCGUGGCUGAAAACAAAGAUUCCCAUGGGAAAGAACUACAAUAAACUAAAGAAUACUUUGAGGAGUUUAAAUCUUCAUACGGUAUGUGAAGAAGCACGUUGUCCCAACAUUGGAGAAUGCUGGGGAGGUGGUGAAUAUGCUACAGCUACAGCUACUAUUAUGCUGAUGGGUGACACAUGCACUAGAGGUUGCAGAUUUUGUUCAGUAAAGACAGCAAAAAAUCCACCUCCACUGGAUCCCGAGGAGCCUUACAACACAGCAAAGGCUAUAGCUGAGUGGGGCUUGGAUUAUGUUGUAUUGACGUCUGUGGACAGAGACGAUAUGCCUGACGGUGGAGCAGAACACUUUGCAAAGACAGUCUCCCAUCUGAAAGAAAGGAAUUCAAAAAUCCUGGUAGAAUGCCUAACCCCCGAUUUUCGAGGAGACCUUAAAGCUGUGGAGAAAGUAGCGUUGUCGGGACUGGAUGUGUACGCCCACAACGUGGAGACGGUGCCAGAAUUACAGAGGAAGGUCCGUGAUCCGCGAGCCAACUUUGAGCAGUCCGUGCGUGUGCUGAGGCAUGCUAAAGAGGUCCAGCCCGGCGUCAUUUCUAAAACCUCCAUUAUGUUGGGGUUAGGCGAGACAGAUGAACAAGUAUAUUCCACAAUGAAAUUAUUGCGGGAAGCAGAUGUAGAUUGUUUGACGCUAGGACAGUACAUGCAACCAACGAAGCGUCACCUAAAGGUUGAGGAAUACAUAACUCCUGAAAAAUUUAAGUACUGGGAAAAAGUUGGAAAUGAUCUCGGAUUCCAUUACACUGCCAGUGGGCCCUUGGUGCGCUCCUCCUAUAAAGCAGGUGAAUUCUUCUUGAAGAACCUAGUAGAAAAAAGAAAGACAAAAGCCAUCUGAAGAUGAGAGUGAACUUAUUUAAAGCAGCCAGUUUUAAGGAUCCCUUUUUCAGCACAUAAUUAUACGCAGUUCCAGAAAGGCAGAAGGCCAUAUGGUGGAUGUAUGAAUAAACUUACUAUCUUUCCAGAACACUUUUCUCUCACCAAAACACUUCACAUUAUUUUACCUCCUUCUUCCUGGCAAGGCUACAACUACAUAGUACUUCUGCUGUUUGGCAAAAAGUCAGAAGAGAGAACUGAUUUUGAAAGAGAGAUGGAACUGAGGUGGAAGAAAUGGAAGCUGAAAAAAAAAAAAAUCAGACAUUUAAGUGAACAGGUUUGAUACUACCAUCAGUAUUGCUACAGUUGUUAUUUGUGAAUAUGCUAAUAGUAAUCUGAAAGGUACUGAUAUUUUGGUGUAUCUUACCGUUACGUAACAUCAGCUUGCAGGGGCUCUGGCAACUGGAGUUCUGAAGAAAAAUUGUGUACAGGGCAGAGGACCAGAUUAGGGCUAUCUUGAACCACACCAGAGCAAGGAUUGGUAAUACUCCUUUAAGAGAGGUCUCUUACCUACAUCUUAAGAAACUGAGCCAUACCAUUCUGAUAGCUCAUGCUUUUCAGCUGCUUGCAUGUCUCCAAGUGUAAGCCUUAGUAAACACGAGGUAUCAGACUGAAGAAAACAAGAGCCUUUUGUGGCAAGACAAAUUAACUGGGUGUAGAUCCCAAAUAAUUUAAACCAUGUGGAAAAUGAGUUGCCCUAACAGCAUAAAUAGAGCCACCCCAGUUUGGGGAUAUGACUGCACAGGUGCUCUUUGGUACUGGGUAUGCAGGACUGUUGCUAUUCUGUAUUGUGCUUCUAAUCCACAGGUGUUGCCUUAUUAAAGGAAAGUUCAAAACCCA